UACCCCCUACCCCCCUCCUUCUCUACCUCCUCUUUUGGGCAGUCUUCUGGGAGGGUAAAUGAAAGUCUACCGAAGGUAAAGCUCAGCGGCCAUCCGCCUGCCACCGCCCCGCUUCCCUCCUGCUUCCGCGCCGGCCCUUGCCCUUUGCCCUCUCUCGCGGCGGGGUGAGAGGUCAGGUGGCCAUCUUGUGGCGGCGGCGGAGGCGGCUGUUACCGAGGAGACUCGGCCGCCCCUCAGGCCUUGGCCCCUCAGGCUCUCGGCCUGGCCUGACAAGUCCGGCUGCAGCUCGGUCUCGGACUGGACCUCGCCCCGGGCCUGUGUCCAUCGGCUGCCUCUUCCCGCUCCGCCCCGCCCGGAAGCCCGCCAGUCCUCCCUCCCUCCCGCCACCAUGUCCUCUUUCUCGGAGUCCGCGCUGGAGAAGAAACUCUCGGAGCUGAGUAACUCCCAGCAGAGCGUCCAGACGUUGUCUCUGUGGCUGAUCCAUCACCGCAAGCAUGCGGGGCCCAUCGUCUCGGUGUGGCACCGCGAGCUCCGCAAAGCCAAAUCAAAUAGAAAGCUUACGUUUUUAUACUUAGCAAAUGAUGUCAUCCAAAACAGUAAGAGGAAGGGGCCUGAAUUCACUAGGGAAUUUGAAUCUGUCCUCGUGGAUGCUUUUUCCCAUGUUGCCAGAGAGGCAGAUGAAGGCUGUAAAAAGCCUUUAGAAAGAUUGCUGAACAUCUGGCAAGAAAGAAGUGUUUAUGGUGGUGAGUUCAUUCAACAGCUGAAGUUAUCUAUGGAAGACUCCAACAGCCCUCCACCUAAAGCCACAGAAGAGAAGAAAUCUCUCAAGCGAACUUUUCAGCAGAUACAAGAAGAUGAAGAUGAUGAUUACCCUGGAAGCUACUCUCCCCAAGAUCCUACUGCAGGCCCUCUCUUGACCGAGGAACUGAUCAAAGCCCUGCAAGAUUUGGAAAAUGCUGCAUCAGGUGAUGCCACUGUGAGGCAGAAAAUUGCUUCACUACCACAAGAAGUCCAAGAUGUUUCACUUCUAGAGAAAAUUACAGACAAAGAGGCAGCUGAACGUCUUUCAAAGACAGUGGAUGAAGCAUGUUUGUUACUAGCAGAAUAUAAUGGGCGACUGGCAGCAGAACUGGAAGACCGGCGCCAGCUGGCACGCAUGUUGGUGGAGUAUACCCAGAACCAGAAAGAUGUUUUGACAGAGAAGGAGAAAAAACUAGAAGAGUAUAAGCAGAAGCUUGCUCGGGUAACCCAAGUGCGCAAGGAGCUGAAGUCACACAUACAGAGCCUUCCAGACCUGUCGCUGCUUCCUAAUGUUACAGAUCCUGAAACAGAUGAAAAAUUGGCUACCUUAAAGAAGACCAGCUGGCGAGGGGAGCUGGAGCCCUUUCAACUCUUCAAAGGGCCUGUCCAGAGCAGGGCCACUCUAGUGGCUAAGAACCCAGAGACAUCUGGAUAUUAUUCCGAAUGACCUGUUUGUUGCUGUAAAAAGUCAGGCAGAAAUUAUGAAGAAGGAAGAUAAUCACUUCUUACUCUACGGAUCAGGUAUAAUUCACACAAGGUAAGAAAGAUAAGGAUGUCAGAGCUGGGAUGAGAAAUUUGCAAGCCCAAGGCAGGGUUCAGAAAUGAUGCUACUCUCUCCCCCACUAUUCCCUGGGUGUGACUAUUCUUUGGAAGCUUUUAAACUUUCACAGUAAUGCCAAUCCCUGAGUAACCUAGAAAAUGGAUUUUCUGGCAUUAAACACCUACAUUUGUAAAGAUAUGUUGAAAAGUGCCACUCCUUGUGCCCCUCCCCAUGUCGCAUCCUAGAUGAUGUUUCCACUUGCCUGGCCCUAGUCUCAUCUCUAGGACAAAGAUAGUUCAUAGGUCUUUAGCACUUUAAGGUUUACAAAGCUCUUGAUGCACCACAGUCCCGUGAGGUAGAUAGUCUAAGAUCACAAUGCCCACUUUACAGAUGAGGAAACUUGAGGCUCAGCAAGGGAAAGUGGCAUAAAAUAUAUUAUGAUAUUGUAUAAUAUUAAAUACAAUUUUAUGUAUUGUUUAUUCUGCUUGGUUUCAUUGGUUUUAAUAUAUGCUUUAGAAAGCUUUAUAUACCAUGCGGGUAUAAUACCUAAAGUUGAUUAAGUAUGGUGUUUGUGGUUAUUUAUAUUAAAAACUAAAUGUCAAGAGUAUAAUUGUCUUUUGGACUCUAGUAACUCACGCUGAUAUAGCCUGUUAUAGUUACAAAGCACUUUACAUCCAUUUCCUCAUUAGGUCCUUAGAGAAGAUCUGUGAGGGAGGUAGUACAGAGAUUAUUACCCCUACUUUACAGGUGAGAAAACUGAGGCUCAAUGUUUUGUUCUCUCUUUAUAUAAUAUAAAGAUUCCUAAGAGAAGGGAGCUCAGCCGGCAGCCACUGACCCCCCAGUCCCUAACCUUAUUUCCUGCUCCAGGGAUUGAGGCUCAAAGUUGAAUAGCAAGUAUGUGACUUAGUGGGCACCAGUCUUGUCACUUGAUAUCCAGGGCUCUUUCUGUUGCACCACACUUUCUAAUGAUGUCAUUCUCUUUAAGGAAAACCCAGUCAACUUAAUAGAGCAUUUUUUUUUCAGGAAUGCAAUUAAUAGCAUUUAGUACUGUAAGUAGGGGUAAGAUCUGCUUAUAAAGUAGUGUGCUUCCAGAAGUUGAUAGAUGUCAGUCUCUUUCAUAGCUCUACUCACUAAAUAUAUUAGGAUUCCAUGACCUCUGACAUAGGUGCACCUGUAAGAAUAGGGAAGGACUUGGAUGUUGCCAUGAAUGUAGCUCUUAUUGACUUUGUAACAUAGCAUGAUUGCUGCCAGGGCCUUCGUAUACAGUGUUCCUAAGCUCUCCAGUAGCUUAUAGUAUAACCCAAUGCAUGAGUUUGAACCAGAAGAACACACAAAACAGAGAAACAUAAAUGUAAACAUAUAGGGAAAGCCACCCAGAUAACCUGACCUCUUGCAGCCAUGCUACUGUUAGAGUGGGAUCUUAUUUGGGUCAUUUGCUCAUUCUCUUAUCAACAUACUCAGCUUUACAGUCACAGUGUAAGGCCCACCAGCCCCAACACCUACCGUAUCUCUCCUUUUCUAAGCCACCUACAAGCAACUUUGAGAAGCUGGUGCCCUUGUUGCAGCUACUGCUUCAUCAGAUCACUUACCCUCUCUUUGUAGUUGGAGUAACAAUGAUAUAGGACAGGUGGGUUAACUUUUCCAGCUCUCAAAUAGCAAUAACAAUUCUUUGUGGCCUUUUUUGUAAGGAAGAAAUGAUAACUGAGUAAUCUUUGGAAAACUAUGUCCAGUCUUCAGAAUGUCCUUAGACACUUUUAAACUUAAAUGUCUGCUUGUCAGAAUGAAGGAAACUUUUCUACCAAGAACUUUUGAAGUAGAUGGUUUAGGACAAAGCAGGGAUAGAUGUGUGCGUUAUUUCAGAUGUUAUACAAAUGGAAGGGCAAAGUCUGCCCUUUGGUGAGUCCAUAUCAUUUGGAAGAAGAACAUUCAGUUUGCCUUUUGAUGCCAGUAGCAGACUUUUUCUUUACUCCUUAAAAUGAGUGAUAGCCACAUAUUGGAAAAUGUAUAGGACUGAAAGUCAGAAGACUUGAGUUCAAGUCUCAGAGGCUUUAUCUUUUACACUUAAUAGUCAGUGUCACCUUAGGCAAGUCACUUAAUUCUUUUGGGUCUGGGAUUUGUUAUCUGUAAAAUGAGGAUGGUAAAACUUGCCCUGCCUUAACGAUUAUGUUAUACAAAUUGGAUGGGGAGUAAGCCUGGUACAAUUGAAAAAGUUCUGGAUUUGAAAUCAGGAAGUCCUUGAUUUGAAUGCUAGCUCUGCUGUUUAUGAGCUGUGGGACUGAGCAGAUUACUUCUUUGAGCCUCAGUUAGUAUCAUAUAGAGAAGACUGUUUGAAGAUGGGGGCCUGAGCUUGACUUCCUGGCUCUCUUACUGAUUGGGUGGCCUUGGGCAAGUCACCUCAUCACUCUGGGCCUCUGUUUCCUCCUCUGUAAAAUGAGGGUUUGGGAAUUAAUUAAUUUCUGACGUUCCUUCCAGAUCUGAAAUCCUCUGAUACUGUGGAAGAAUGCUUGCAUUGGCCACCUCACAAGCUAGUGGUAACAAAAGCACUUUGUAAACUGUAGAGUGCUAUAGAAAAGUGAGCUGCUAUUAUCACCAUUAUUAUUAUUAUCACAUGAUUAAGGUGUGAGAUAAAGGAGAGUAAGUAUGUAAAAUGCUUUGUAGAACGUAAGGUCCUUGAUGGUAAGGACUGUGCUACUUUUAUCUUUGUCUAGCACAGUAUCUUUUAGAAAGUGGAUGCUUUAUAAAUGUUGUUUUUGUUUGUUUGUAAACCUAACAGCACUAUAUAGAUGUCAGCUGCUAUUAUUAUUAAUAAAUGUGAAAGCACUUUGGAAACCAUAAAGCGCUCUACAAAUAUAAAGUUGUUAAAAGUUUAAAACCUGCCAAAGACUUCAGAGAGCCCUCAUGUAUCCCAGUGAAUGUCUCUGUUUAAAUAAUUCUAUUAGUGAUGUCAUGUGCCUGGCAAAGAGUGCCAAGAUGAGUCACGUCCCAUGUACUGAUAUAGAUGUGAAUCUCAGCAGUGUCAGACCCCUUUCCCGUAGCUCAGCACCACUUAGAUCCCAUCCAGGUCAGCUGACCAAGGGUUAACCACCUGUGAAGAACAGUGAGCAAGAGCAAGGGGCCUGUGGGUUUAGGUUAGCCCACCACUUACAAAAGCUUAUUCUUCCUGAUUGAUGGACAAGUUAUUACAGAGUUAUCUGGAGCCUCAUCACUGGAGUGCCAACAAUUUGGAUGGCUUCCCUCUGCUGCUUCAAUCCUCCUUCACCUCCUGUCAGCAAAGAACAUGAUCCAACCAAGCAGUCCUGUGGAUUGACGGAUUCAUUAUCAGCACUCCCCAGCCCUUUCUCCUGUGAUGGACAGGUUUCUCUGGCCUCUAAAGAGGGGCAUUCUGGGAAGAGCAAAGUAGCCUUAAGAAAUAUCAUGGUUGGGCAAAAAGAACUCCUGGCUGAGAGUCAGGAGACUUAGUUUCUAGUCCCACUUCUACCACUCAUUAUGUGACCUCAAAAGAGUCACCUUCCUAUCCUAGGCCUCAUAUCCCACUUGGUAAGAUAAGGAGAGUGAAGGGAUUAGACAAGGGGUGGGGAACCUAGGGCCUUGAGGCCACAGAUUCCCCACCCCUGGAUUAGACUGCUUCUAAGAUCUCUCAGCUCCAGCAUUCUGUGAUCUUUAGUCCUUUUUCCUCUCUGGGCCUCACUUCAUCUAAAAUAAAGAUACUGACCUAGGUGCUUUUUAAAGGUCCUGAAAACAUUGGUCUAUGUUUCUAGGCUGUCAGAGACUUUGGGCCUUCCUUCUGCUUUUUGGUUGUCUCAUCCAUUCUCCUGGGUAUGAUAGUUUGAACUUGGGGCUAGAAUUUAUUCCUAUUCCUACUGCAGAAGUUAAAGCCUAGAGAGGGAAGGUGAUACCUACAGUCAUAUAGGUAGUAAGUAGCAGGAAUAGGAUUCACGCAGGACUUCUGACUCCAGGUCUGAUAUAUGGGUCAAGAAUGAGCCCAGAGUCUGAAAAUUCAAUUCAACAAAGAAAUUAAACAUUUAGUUUUUUCAGGGUCUUGGACUUUGACAGUGAGGACACAAAGAUGGAAUGAAAAAUGGUAGUUUCCAACCUCAGAGAGUUUAUAGCUUAAUAGGUAGGAUAGAUCAUACAUUUAAAUCAGUAUAAAUUAAGAUAGAAUGUCAGACAAGGUAGAUCUAGUCAUAUUAUUUUAGGACAAUUUGAGGAAGAAGAGAAUUGCUUCUUUUUUUCUUUUUUGAGGAACAAAGGACAACUUCAUGUAGGAAGUGGUACCUGAGUAGAAUUUUGAAUCAAGAUGAUAUUCGAAAGGGAUGGAAGUUUGAACUUCAUGAUUCACUCAGAUUCUGCAGAAUAGGGUCCAUUUUCUGACACUGAGGCUAUUAUCUUGGCUUGGGAGCCCAUUUUGACCUUUCUUCUCCCGACAACCCAAAAUGUUCCUGCCUAUCCUUGGUAGGAACUGGUCUCAGGAUAGAUGUAGACUCAAGCCCAAAGGAGUGGGUGUAGAAAGGGAAGGAAGACUUGUUGCCAGGAAAGAAAAACAUGAGAGAUCUGUUCUUUUAUAUGAAUUCAUACAUCUACCUAUGAUACAUACUCCCUUCUUUAUUUAUAAUAAUAAUAGUAAUGAUUGUAUAGUAAGAAUUACAGAUCUUCUCUCAUAUAGUACCCAAGAUAGGACUCUUCCCUUUCACAGCCUUCCUGUUAGAGUUUUUUCACAAAACAGCCCAAAGGUAAUUUGAAUAACCCAAUUACCCUGAAGGAAGAUAGAGAAGGAAGAGUUAUCUGGAAGAGAGUGAGCAUAUUCUUCCAGGUUCUGUGGUAUAUUGAGGGGAGGUUUAGUUAAUAUGAGUAAAAAGUGACAACCUCCUAAUGAAUGAGGGGGAAGCCAAUGGUAUAGUCUCCCUGUAACUCUGGGUGGGGAUUGAA